CUAAUUUAGAUCAAAAGAAGGGCUGAAAAGGAGUACUACAAAACGUGAACAUCAAGCAAAGAGCGGGAUUUAUUCCGGUAGGACUUUGGGGAAAACAAAGCGGAGGUCCUCAGAAUGAGUGGUCUUUUGAACUUGAUCAAGGCCAGAGGCUGAAAAAGAUAAUCAUUGAUCAUGGUGAUGAUGUGAUAUACUCUCUCAUGUUCACCACUGAAGCUGCUGGAGGUGUAGUGAACACUUCUAACAAAUUUGGUGGUUGGAAUGGUGGACAAACAGUUUCGGAGGUGACGCUUGACUCGGACGAGGAAAUAGUUGGAAUUAAAGGAAGCGUUGGUACUAAAGCUCCGUAUACAAUAAUUUCUUCACUGUCUUUUGUAACGAACAAGACCACCCAUGGACCUUUUGGUGGAGCAACCAGUUCUGAGUUCUCCUUACCUUGGGAGAAUGGCUCGUUAGUCGGGUUUUACGGCCUUGCUGGCUAUUAUAUUGAUGGCAUUGGUGUCUAUUUGAGACAAAUCUUGAAGAUCGGAACAUGGGGAAAAACUCUUCCUGCAGGUCCGCAAAACAAUUGGUCUUUCAAACUUGAGCCAACUUAUCACUUGACGAAGAUAACCACUGAUCAUGGCGAUCUCAUAUACUCUCUGAUGUUCACCGCACAAUACGGAGACUUAACAUACACUUCUGAAAAGAUGGGUGGUUGGAAUGGUGGAGAAAAUGUUUCUGAGAUUACAUUCGAAGGGGACGAAGAAAUUAAUGGCAUUAGUGGGACAAUUGCAUUGUCAAGGGGAACUUAUGCGGGUCUCACAGUAGUUUCGUCAAUAUCAUUCAUGACCAAUAAAAAAACCCAUGGGCCAUUUGGUGACGUAAGAGGGACUCCGUUUACAGUACCAUGGAAUGCGGGUUCAUUCGCUGGAUUUUACGGCCUUGCGGGUUAUUAUAUUGAUAGCAUUGGUGUUUAUUUGAAGGCUACAAACUGAUGAAGCAGGUAGCGGUUAGUAGACGUUUGAAGAAGCUAGCUGGUUCAAGUUGUGCUGAGUAAUCUGGGAUUGCAACUCUUUAGCCAUAUGUUCAGAAAAUAAAAUAAAUAAAGUUUGUUAUGUCUUUUGUAUUUACCAAUAUGUUUCCCUUUAUCGUUUCCUGUUUAAGUUGUGAUGAAUAAAAGUAAGACUUGUUCCAGCAUUUGGCAAGUGUAUCUGUUCGUAAACCCUGAUAUUCCAACAUAAACAACUAUGAUAGGGACCCUGA